AUGCUAUACGAGUUUCAUCGCUCUGAAAAUGAGAAGAAACCAAAGUCAGUCCAUGCGACAUAUCUACUGACCGGAAUUUUUGGAUGUACCAAAGCAUUGCCGCUGGCUGCAGGUCACUUGAAAGAUGGCGAAGAUGAGGUUAUGCAGAGCAGUCCAUUCAUGAGCAGUCAGCCAGCUCGGCCGGAGACGACAGAGGCUGUGGACGGACCUACUAUUACUUCUGUAAUACUCGUUCGGGAGGAAGAGCUAGAAGAUGCGAAAUGCCGGUUCAAGAAGAUUUUAUCAAUUUUUGUAUACAGCGUACAGCCGACUUCUCCCCCAGACUUGAAUGCACUGGCAGAUAUCGGACAGGCAUCACCUACUUCUCCUACAGAAGACCCCAUUCAGUACAAUGAAAAGUACGGGAUGAUCUUGAACAAGAACGUUAAGAGACGGUCAGGAGCACCGGUAGUUAUGCCGGUGCCCAUUAAAGAUGUGAACCCAAUACAGAAACCCAUAGUUAAGAAGGCAGAACAAGAACCUUCAGAUAAGAAACACACGACGCAAUCUACGGAAAAGAAACCGGAACCAUCUUCAACACCUUUUCGGACACAGGGAAGCUCACAGUCAACAUCCAAAUCAUCACAAGGGAAACCUGCACUCAAACGUGACUCUUCAAGUAUAUUCAAGGCGUUUGCUAAAACAAGGCCAAAGCAACAGCCAAAGGAGGAAGAAGCAGAUUCAACACCGACGGAGUCUCAAAAUGCUAUGCUAGAUGAUGAGUCUGAGGAGGAAAGAGAGGACCUUUUCGUGGAUACAGGGAAAGGAACGAGCAAGAAAGAGCAAGAGUCGAGAAAAGAACGAGAAGAGCGUCUUAGAAAGAUGAUGGAAGAUGAGGACAUGCCAGAUGCAUCGGAAUCUCCGCCUGAGGAAGAGGAAGCGCAAGAAGAAAGUGACAAGGCCUCCCCGGCGUCAACACCAGCUCCACCGCAGAAGAAGCAAGAGCUCGAACCUGAACCAGAGUCCAACACGUCAGAGAAACGGUCAACGGGUCAACGGCGGAGAGGCAGACGGCAGGUGAUGAAAAAGAAGGUGUCCAGGGAUGCUGAAGGAUACCUAGUUACCAAAGAAGAGCCAGCAUGGGAAUCCUUCUCGGAAGACGAACCCGAACCCCCGAAGAGAAAGCCACUGCCAUCUUCAUCCGCAAAGUCGACAAAGAGUAGUGCGAAAUCCAGUCAGGGUAGCAUCAUGUCAUUCUUCGGAUGGAAAGCUGAUCUUAUCGACUCCUCCGAGCCUGCAGAUCGAUGA